GCACAGUAUUUUUUAUUCGUUUAAAAUUUAAAGAUAAACGUGUUAAAGAUGAAUAUUGAAUAUUUUUUGAAUAUACAUGAGUUCUAUUUUAGAUUGGCUCUAUUAUUUAUUUUUCUAUCUCCCCUCUAUUGGAAUAUUGUAGGGAGGGUUGAAUAUCAAACUCAUUUUAUUUCAAAACUCGUUGGAGAUCCUUUAACAGCGGUUUAUAUAUUUGGUAUUUCAAUAUUCCUUUUAUCAAGUUAUAGAAAUUGGAUUUUUGAAAUUGCCCUAAAAUCUCAGCCAAAAUUUGAGCCAUUUGAUAAUUCUAUCAUUCAUCUCUUAGGAUGGAUAUGCCUUAUCAUUGGUCUCAUAUUAGUUUUAGGUAGUUUUUACCGUUUAGGAUUUGUGAAUACAUAUUUAGGUGAUUAUUUUGGCUUUUUGCUUAGCAGAAAGAUUGAAAGUUUCCCUUUCUCAAUUGUUCAAAAUCCUAUGUAUUGGGGAUCUUCCUUAAAUUUUAUUGGGACAUCUUUAAUACAUAGCAGUUUGGCUGGUAUUGUGUUAUCUGUAUGGAUUUGGAUUGUAUACCGUAUAGCAAUCAUGUUUGAGGAGCCCUUCACGGAAUACAUUUAUUCUCAAAGCAACAUUAAUAAAUCCGCUUCCAAUGGAGAUUUAACUUCCAAAUCCAAAAUUGUUAAAAGAGCACAAAAAAUCGAAUAAAAUUGCUCAUAUGCUAGUAGCCAAUUUUUUGAAUAUUUUUUAAAUUAUACAUUUCAAUUUUUUUUUAAAUCAACUGCUGCAAUCACUUGAUAAUGUUACCUGCAUAAAGUUAUUUAAUUUUCCUUACCAUUAAAUAUAUUUUUUAUUUUAUUAUAUCAAAAGUCGAUUAUUAUUAGGGAUUCAUUAUCAUCCGGUGACAUUUUAUAUUUUCUUUUUUUCCGCCAAUUACACAAUCAUUUAAAUCUAUAUUUACCUGCGGAUAAAGAUGCGGAGCAUUUACAUUAUAUCAAAUAUCUCAAAUAACCAUUUUUAAAUUUAGGAGAUGAUAAGUUUACAAAUUAAAUAAUAAGGCGAUACAAUGAUCUUUUUUUUAAAAAAAACUUGCAAUAAAAUUUCGAUUUUUAUAAUAUAAUGUUUGUGCAUUCAUUUAUCUGAUAUGGUAGUCGUACUGUACUGUGCAAUGUAAUCUAGUUCUUAGCUUAUCAUUAGGUCGAAAUGUAAAAUUAUUGCAAAUUGUUAAAUUUUUGUGGGGUUUUUUUAAACAAAAUUAUGCUACUACAAUUCUCUACGAGUGUAUUAAUAAGGCCAUCGUUAUGUAAUAAUCAUGUUUUUGGGGGUUAGGCAUAAUAAAACGUGUCUUAAAGAAUAGCUAAUUUAUAAAAUAGUUAUUUUUUAAAUUAAUUAUGCAAUAUAAAAUUUAUAUUUUGUAAUUUUUUAUUGUGUGCAAAAUAAAAUAUCAGAAUAAAUUGAAUUAUUCAUUAAUAUAUUUGUUCAAUUUGUUCGAAAACAAAUAGUAAAAUUAUUCGAUUCGAUUUUCGGUGGCCUACUUGGAAUUAAUCAUUAAUUUGCGAAAUUACCAAAACGCAUCAGUUCCAUAGAAAAAAUGACAGAUACUUAAACCUUUCAAGUUCUUUGAUCUCACCUAAGAUCAACACGGUACGAUUUAUUUAGACCGUUAACUACCUCCCAGUUGAACCGCUUGGGAAACUGCUAUUAAUCGUUGAUAUGUGUAUAUAAUUUUGAAAUAAACAUGCAAUCAACCAUAAAUCAUAUUGUAACUAAUAACUAUAAGUAAAGAAUAUUUUGUUAACUACCAAUUUAUA